AUGCGAGUUUUAGCAGUGCUAUGUGGUCUUCAAGGUCCCGCAUGGCGACUUCGACCGAAUUUUCAAUCGGGGCGAAUGGAGAAUGAGACAAUAUUUGGAGACAUCCCAAUGGAUUCGAGUGAAGAACCUGUAGAUGACUCAUCCAGAUAUUAUCCUCCCCCAGAUUUUGACCACCCUGGAUUACUCUUUCUUCUCACCAAUGAAAACGGACCAGAAGGCAGAAGCACUUUGGAUUCGCGUAGAGCCUACCAAUGCAUGAAGUUCCUUGUUGAGCUGGCAUCGGAGAACACUGCUGUGGUGGAGGGUCUCUCGAGAUUCCCACACCGCUGGGGCCCUGCAGUCGAGUGGUUGGAGUCCCUACUGGAGGAAUCUGACAAGACCAGCAGUCCCGUCUCUUCUCCUUUUGGUCGAUCCACUCCCUUGACUCGUCACUUGGAUCUCAUCGACUCAAUUCCUCCUCCUCCUCCUACUGUGAAUGGAAGACUGAGAUCUGGCACAUACAGUGGACCCCCUUCCAAAAGCCGUAUGCUUUCAUGA